GCAGCAACACGCAAACCUAACAGAAGACGCCAAAGUGCUUCCGGUGUGUGUGCUGGCUGUCAUGGCGGCUCCCUGUCGCAGGACUUUUUCACGAUGAGCUGAGUGGACAGCGCGAAGAGAGAAAACCAGAACGACCGGAGGCGGAUGUCGGGGUUGCUGAGGUACCGUGACGCUCCCUUCUCUGACGCUCUGCUGCUGGGUUGAGUUGACCGUAGUUCCGACGUAGAGUCCUCCGGUUUUGACGUCAGGCAGAGCCAAGCGUCACUCAGAAACCCUGCGAGGUAAUGUCACGUGAACGAACGACACCUGAGGCUUUAGGCUCACCUGUCCCUCUGCAGCUAUGAGUGUGAUGUCUUCGGUGAUACGGGGUACCCGGCGGCUGGUGCACGCAGACCCAGCUCUGUUCAGUAACUUCCCGUUUCCGGCCGUAUUCUGCCGUGCCGGGAGCGCCGACUCUCUCCUCACCUGCCAACCGAACAGGAAGUUCGCCUUCAAACAUGUCAAAGGUCAGAAGAAAGAGCAGAAGACCCAGAAGGUCAAACCCAAAGUGGACAAACAGGAAGUUGAGAUCCGACAGGGGAUGACGGUGGCUGCACUCGCUGAAGCCAUGAACAGAGACUUCGACCACGUGCUGGAGGCUCUGCUGAACACAUCGGUGCAUCUGGACUCUCUGGAAAAGGACACGGUUCUGGAGGAACGAUGGAUUAAAGAGGUGGUGACACAGUCAGGGAUGAAGUUCAGAUGGGCCAAACUGAGCGCGAGCAGAGAGCGACCCAACAGGGACGCCUGCAGGAGACCGCCUGCUGAUCCCACCCUCCUGGUGCCACGGCCCCCGGUGGUCACCAUCAUGGGUCACGUGGACCACGGUAAGACGACGCUGCUGGACAGCCUGAGGAAGAGCCAAAUCGUCUCCACAGAGGCCGGAGGCAUCACGCAGCACAUCGGGGCUUUCCUGGUCCAGCUGCCGACAGGUGAGAAGAUCACCUUCCUCGACACUCCGGGCCACGCCGCCUUCUCCUCCAUGAGAGCCCGUGGAGCCAACGCCACCGACAUCAUCGUUCUGGUGGUGGCAGCUGAUGAUGGCGUCAUGAACCAGACGGUGGAGUCCAUCGAGCAUGCCAGGAGAGCCAAAGUCCCCGUGAUUGUGGCGGUGAAUAAGUGUGACAAGCCUCACGCCGACCCUCAGAGGGUGAAGCAGGAGCUGCUCGCUCACGACAUUGUUUGCGAGGAGUUCGGGGGAGACGUUCAGGCGAUUCACAUCUCUGCUCUGAAGGGUGAUAACCUUCUGGCUCUCGCUGAGGCCACAGUAGCUUUGGCAGAGGUGUUGGAGCUAAAGGCGGAGCCUACCGGCCCCGUGGAGGGACUCGUCAUCGAGAGCAGGACCGACAAAGGCAAAGGCCCGGUCACGACAGCCAUCGUCCAGCGGGGGACGCUAAAGAGAGGCUGCGUGUUGGUUGCUGGGAAAUCCUGGGCUAAAGUUCGCUUCCUGUUUGAUGAGAACGGCUGUGCUGUGAGGGAGGCGGGGCCGAGUACUGUGGUGGAGGUGGUUGGCUGGAAGGAGCUGCCGUCAGCUGGAGAGACCAUCCUGGAGGUGGAGUCUGAGCAGCGAGCGCGGGAGGUGGUGGAGUGGAGAAGUCACGAUGAGGAGCAGCGGAAACUGCAGGAGGAGCAGAGCGCGAUCGAGCAGAAGCAGAAGCUCCACCUGGAGGAGUACCGCAGGGAGAGGGAGGGGCUGUCCCACCUGAGCUGGAGGCAGAGGAAGGUGGCGCUUUACCGGGCCAACAAGACCCGCUUCGCCACGAGGCCCAGCGAGAGGAUGCAAAGCGACCAGCUCAGCCUGCCGCUCAUCGUCAAAGGUGACGUGGAUGGCUCGGUGGAGGCCAUCCUGAACAUCCUGGACAGCUACGACGCUCAGCAGCAGUGCGAGCUCGAGGUGGUCCAUUUCGGCAUAGGAGACAUCUCUGAGAACGACGUCAACGUGGCCGAAAUGUUUGGAGGCUCCAUCUAUGGCUUUAACGUGGCGGCGAACCGUGGCAUCGAGCAGCUGGCAGCGAGGAAAGGCAUCCCGCUGCGCCUGCACAGCGUCAUCUACAAGCUGGUAGAUCAGCUGAAGGAGGAGCUCAGCGCCAAACUGCCACCACUCGUCUCAGAGAACAUCACAGGUGAGGCGUCGGUCGUCGCCAUCUUUGACGUCACCGUGGGAAAGAAAAAGGUUGCCGUGGCCGGCUGUCGGGUUCAGAAAGGUCAGCUGGACCGACGGUUCAGGUUCAGGUUGAUCCGAGGCCGGGACACCGUGUGGGAGGGUUCUCUGGCAGCAAUGAGGCACCACAAAGAUGACAUGCAGACGGUGAGGGCGGGCAUGGAGUGCGGCCUAUUGGCUGACGGCGACGUCGACUUCAGAGCCGGUGAUAUCGUCGUGUGCUUUGAGGAGGUGGCGGCGCCGCAGGUCACUUCCUGGGACCCCGGCUUCUGAACUCCCAUCAUGCACUGCUGCGCAGCGCUUCUAUCACAGACUCUCAGACACAGAUGAACCUGAUGUUUAGUUUCAGACGUUUAUUGAAAACUGAACAGGAAGUGGUUAAAUUCAAACUGAAGCACAGACGUGUGUGAACAUCCUGCUUUCUGACUGGACAGAACCUCUAAUAAAAUAUACGUGUGAUUGUCUGAACCAAU